GGUAUGUCAAACUGACAUUCGGAGAACUGUGGAGGUUAGCGAAUUGUAAACUUUGCAAAUAAGUUUAGAAUUUUCAUAUUUAAUAAAAAGGGCACAAUAAUACAUUGCCAAAGAUAUUUUUUCUGGACUUCUGGGUUUUCAAUAUCAUCGUUUUUAGCUUCAUUCAUUACUCUAUACAUAAUAAAAAUGGAUUUCUUCGAAAGAGCGCAUGUUAUAAAAAAACCCGCGGUGAAAACUACUAAAUCAGAUGAAACAGUGAAGAAACAACUAAAGCAGAUGCUCCGUGGUUAUAAACAAAAUGAUACCAAGAUUAUUAAACAGGCAGAGAAUUUAAAAAUUGAUCUCGACGACACUAUAUUCAGUGUCGAAGAUUCGGAUUCAGUAAGCGGUUUUUCAGACUUAAAUCUGACUAAUUCUAGUAAUGAGAACGAAAAAUCUAAGGAUACUAUCUCGGAUGUCGAGAGUGUUCUAAAUACAAGUAAAAGUAGUAGUAUUUUAAAUGAAGAAGAAAACCAAAAUAAAAGUUUGAUACAAAGCGCAGAGUCAAUAUCCGAGUUUGAAGACGAUAUCCAAUCUUUGCCUGAGAAUACACAGGAAGUUACUAAUACAACAAUGUCAGAAAACAGUGAUGAUACAUGGGAUCUUGAUAAAACAACAGACAGCAAUAUAAACAGUGACUCUGAUAAAUUUGAUCCAGAUGGUGCUCUCGCUUGUAAAAUACUUAAAAGAAUUAAUGAUAGAGAAAAUGCAAAACCCAAAAAGAGGAAAUUGGACAGAAUAGAAACAUCAAGUGAUGAAUCUACAGAACAUACUAAUAUUAUUAGACAAAAAGAAAAUACACAAAAUUAUGUUCAAUUAAAACCAGUUGAAAAAGAUGAGGACUCUGAAUCUACAGACAACACUGAUACUAGCACUCAAGAUUCAGUCUCAACCACUAUAUCAUCACCUUACAUCUCACUAACAGCAACUGAAAUGACUGAACAGAGCCUGAGUGAGAUCUUGGGAGAGUACCGACAUCCGACCACGAGAAACAUACCGUGUGAGAAACAAAAUGUUAUUUGCUCAAUGGAUUAUAGUGAAAUCUUCCCCACAGAAAGUGUAGAGGUAGCUAACAUUGUGACAGAAGAUGAAGUGGAUAGUUUGGUGCCAGAAUUAGGUGAUGAACCCACAGUGGAAGAUUUAGAAGAGCCACCUAAUGUUACUUUAGAAGCACCACUUGAUGAGCCAUCAGAAAUUGAAGAUACAUCAGAGAUGGUAAAACCUCUGGAUGACAGUCUGCAUGCUGGCUCUGUGGAUUCAGAUGUUGAAAAUCCUAUAAAAGUAUAUUAUGGGACAGACACAUGCAUUUUCAUUUUAAAACAUCCCACUAAGAUUUACUUGCAUGGUAAAGUAAAGGCUAAGGCACUUGGAGGAACAAUUGAAGUAUUUGGAUAUACACUAAACAAUGAAUUUUCUGAAAUAUAUGCCCCAACGUUUAAUUUUGCUCAAUGUAUCAAAACAGUUGAAUGUGAAAAUACAUAUUACGGUUUGUUUAGGAAGUUAACAUCAUCAGGGAUCUCAAUACAAGAUGCUGAAGAAAUAGUAACAACGAUUGGAGAGUAUGAUGGAGUACUCUGCCUCUCAGCCCUGAGCAACCAAAGAAUAGAUUUUGUUGAAAAUAAUUUUACUACUAUGGAUCUGUUUAAGAAACCAAAAAAGUAUAACAGUGGUGAUAGUAGCAUCCAAAUGGCUUCAGAGUUCUUGGAUUGUUCUUUAUAUUUGACACAACCUGGCAGGUGUUUUGUGGAGAAUGUCAAAUGGGAGCAGAUUAUUGGUUGUGGUUUAGACAGUCGUAGUAGAGCUAUAAUCUGUGGUGGUAAGAAUACUGGCAAAUCAACAUUCCUUAGAUAUUACAUAAAUAAGCUGGUAGCAAAUGGACCUAUACUAGUCAUUGACUUGGAUCCUGGACAAGCUGAGUUGACAGUAGCGGGCAAUGUGUCAGCUACGGUGGUCACAAAACCAUUAUUAGGUCCAAACUUUACGCAUCUACAGAAACCAGAUAAGAUGCUAAACAUUGGCUUGAUAAGCACUAUGGACAGUCCAUCUCGGUACGCUUCAGCCCUGAUCAGUCUCUUCGAAUAUUGCAACUCGAAUGAGAACUACAAAAACAUGCCAUGGGUGGUGAAUACCAUGGGAAUGUCCAACAAUUUGGGUCUAAAGUUCAUUACACUAACUAUACUGCUUGCUCAACCAACACUCUUAGUUCAAAUGGAUUCGAUCAAUCACAAGAAGCGAUUUGAAAUAGAUCUACACCCGUUGAGUGUCCAAGGUUUUUUGGAUAGCAAUAAUUACGACAGAAUUUUCAAAAAUGUGCCUCAUUCUGAAAAGAUUGAGUACACUUUCAUAAUAUCUAGUCCGGUAGAACUGGGAGCGAAGACUGAAGUAGGGUUAGCAGCGAGGGACCAGAGGUAUUUGAAUUUCCUGGCGUAUUUCGGCGAGUUGAUGGAUAUUCACACUGGGCCUAGUAUAUUGGGAAUUGUGCCUUAUGAAGUGAAAUUUGAGGAUAUAAAUAUUGCCACCAAUGCAAGCGUACGAAAAGAAGCGAUAAUUAGGGUGAUCAAUGGCAAAAUAUUAGCACUCUGUCAAACGACAACGCCAGAUAAAGGGAGAGUGUUUAAUUUGAGCGAUAAUCCGGUGUUGUGUCUUGGCCAUGGUUUAGUCCGUGGAGUUGACUUUGACAAAAACCUUUUGUAUAUUAUAACUCCGGUACCUGCGUGUACUUUGCCUCAAGUCAACACAUUGGUGUAUUCAGACUGGGUGCCAGAACUCAAAGGACAAGACCUACAGCUGCCAAAUGGGACGGUCAUCCCAUAUCGCACCACAUCCAACCAGAAGAAUCUCAUGACCACUCCACAUCGUCGCUUCAACCCAUUAAAACUAUUGAAAAUGUCAAGGAAAUCCUAAAUUGAAACCUUCAGUUAUUAGUUAAUAAAUUUGUAAUUGGAAUAGAUCCAAAAUAAUUAUCUUAAAUUAUAAAAAGAAGUCUAAUGAUAAUAAUGUUAAUGUAUAUUAGAAAGAUAAUUUUGUACUUACAAUACUAAUAAAACAUAACAUAAAUGUUUUUAACUUAAAUAUUUUUCCCCCAUCGACCAUUUAUUUAUAAAUGCUGUAUUAAAUUUUUAUAAAAAGUAAAAAGAGUCCUAGAAGAAUAAUGUUAAACAUGGGGUUGGUUUACUAAUAAAUUAUAUAAGCAAGAUAAAAUGUCACACAAAUUGAUAUUACAAUACAACAGCCGCGCAUACGUACAGAACGCUGGAGCUUUAGCUGAGAGGCACUUAGCGAGAGUGGGGCUCACGCUCCAUGUCAAAUAAACAUCCUACACAAAUUUAAACAUCACUAUUUUAUUGAAAAAA